AUGGAGACCGAGGCUGGGCCCUGGCGGCCUUUCGACGUUGCCAUGGAGACAAGUCCCGGGCUAGGGCUCCGAAGCCCCGGCUCUCUGCUGGCUCAGAACCCCGCGGAGCCGCUGUGCGAGGCCGGAGCCGCGGUGGCGGCGGCACGCUGGGACCUGCGGAAACACUCUUUGCUCAUCGUGAUCGGCGAUAUCGGUACAGAGAAUCAGCUGAGGGCCGUUCGGGCCCACCUUGAGCAAGGGAUUCUCUCCUGGAACAUUGAUUUAUCAUCCAUUGACUUGAACCAACAAUUGAGACUCUUCAUUACCCGGCACCUAGCUCACUUCUCCUCAGAGGUCAAAGGCCAGAGGACCCUCUGCCACCAGAGUGAGAUCCUAGAGACCAUCGUCCUGGUAAACCCCAGUGCCGACAGCAUCAGCUCCGAGGUUCACCACCUCCUUAGCAGCCCAUCAGCUCACAAACUGCUGAUCUUGAGUGGGCAAAGUUUAGAGCCUGGGGGAGACCUCAUCCUACAGAGUGGCACCUACUCCUAUCAAAACUUUGCCCAGGUCCUUCAAAACCCAGAGAUUGCCCAGUUGCUCAGCAAUAGAGACCCUGGGAUCCAGGCUUUCCUCACUGUGUCCUGCUUAGGGGAGGGUGAUUGGAGCCACCUGGGACUAUCCAGUUCCCAAGAGACCCUGCACCUCCGGCUAAACCCUGAGCCCAUGCUGCCCACCAUGGAUGGCGUGGCUGAGUUCUCCGAGUACGUCUCUGAGACCGUGGAUGUGCCAUCCCCCUUUGACCUGCUGGAGCCCCCCACCUCAGGGGGCUUCCUCAAGCUCUCCAAGCCAUGCUGCUACAUCUUCCCUGGCGGCCGCGGGGACUCUGCCCUCUUUGCCGUUAAUGGUUUCAACAUCCUGGUGGAUGGUGGCUCUGAUCGCAAGUCCUGCUUCUGGAAGCUGGUGCGGCACCUGGACCGCAUUGACUCCGUGCUGCUCACACACAUCGGGGCAGACAACCUGCCAGGCAUCAACGGACUCCUGCAGCGCAAAGUGGCAGAACUGGAGGAGGAGCAGUCCCAGGGCUCUAGCAGCUACAGUGACUGGGUGAAGAACCUCAUCUCCCCCGAGCUUGGAGUCGUCUUCUUCAACGUGCCCGAUAAGCUGCGGCUGCCUGAUGCCUCGCGGAAGGCCAAGCGCAGCAUUGAGGAGGCCUGCCUCACUCUGCAGCACUUAAACCGCCUAGGCAUCCAGGCCGAGCCCCUCUACCGUGUGGUCAGCAACACCAUCGAGCCGCUGACCCUCUUCCACAAGAUGGGUGUGGGCCGCCUGGACAUGUACGUCCUCAACCCUGUCAAGGAUAGCAAGGAGAUGCAGUUCCUCAUGCAAAAGUGGGCAGGCAACAGUAAAGCUAAGACAGGCAUUGUGCUGGCUAAUGGGAAGGAGGCUGAGAUCUCGGUGCCCUACCUGACCUCCAUCACUGCUCUGGUGGUCUGGCUACCAGCCAACCCCACUGAGAAGAUUGUGCGCGUGCUUUUUCCAGGGAAUGCUCCCCAGAACAAGAUCUUGGAGGGCCUGGAAAAGCUUCGACACCUGGACUUCCUGCGCUACCCCGUGGCCACGCAGAAGGAGCUGGCCACUGGGGCUGUGCCUGCCAACCUCAAACCCAGCAAAAUCAAACAGCGGGCUGAUAGCAAGGAGAGCCUCAAGGCCACAACCAAGACAGCCGUGGGCAAGCUGGCCAAACGGGAGGAGGUGGCCGAAGAGGGAGCCAAGGAGGCCCGCUCAGAACUGGCCAAGGAGUUAGCCAAGGCAGAGAAGAAGGUAAAGGAGUCAUCUGAGAAGCCCCCAGAGAAGCCUGCCAAGCCUGAGAGGGUGAGGACAGAGUCGAGUGAGGCACUGAAGGCAGAGAAGCGAAAGCUGAUCAAAGACAAGGUGGGGAAGAAGCACCUGAAAGAAAAGAUAUCAAAGCUGGAAGAGAAAAAAGACAAAGAGAAGAAAGAGAUCAAGAAGGAGAGGAAGGAGCUCAAGAAGGAUGAAGGAAGGAAGGAGGAAAAGAGGAAAGAUACCAAACCUGAGGUCAAAAAGAUUUCCAAGCCAGACCUGAAGCCCUUUACCCCUGAGGUACGUAAGACCCUCUGCAAAGCCAAGGCCCCCGGCAGAGUCAAGAUGGAGAAGAGCCGGGCUGCCCGUGGGGAGAAGGAGCUGUCCUCUGAGCCCCGGACACCGCCAGCCCAAAAGGGGGCUGCACCAUUCCCAACAAGGGAGCUGGCUUUGUCUUCACCAGAGGAUCUCACACAGGACUUCGAGGAGUUGAAGCGUGAGGAGACGGGGUUGCUGGCUGAACAAAGGGACACAGGACUAGGAGAGAAACCACUCCCGCCAGACACUGCAGAGGAGGGACUCCCAAGCACAGCGGCCCCGGGGGCACCACCCUCUGUCCCAGGGCUGGAACCAGAAGAGCCUGUGAUAAAGGAGAAAGAGGCUGUCCCAGACGUCCCUGAGGAACAAGGCAGCAAGGACAGAGGCCCAGACACUGGGGCUGAAACAGAGAAAGAGAGAGCCCCCUGGGAGGAUAAAAAGGCAAAGGAAUCAGAGGGGCUCCCUGAAAGAACAGAAGCCAGAGAGGAAAGUGAACCUGAGGUAAAGGAGGAUGUGAUAGAGAAGGCCGAGUUAGAGGAAAUGGAGGAGCUGCACCCUUCAGACGAGGAGGAAGAGGAAGAGACAAAGGCUGAGGGUUUUUACCAAAAACAUAUGCAAGAAGCCUUGCAGGUAACGCCAAGGGGCAGGGAGGCUCUCGGGGGCCAGGAACUAGGACUCCAAGGCAAGGCCCCAGAGAAGGAGACCUCGUCAUUCCUAAGUAGCCUGGCCACCCCUGCAGGAGCCACUGAGCACGUCUCUUACAUCCAGGACGAGACAAUCCCUGGCUACUCAGAGACCGAGCAGACUAUCUCAGAUGAGGAGAUCCAUGAUGAGCCGGAGGAGCGUGCAGCUCCACCUAGAUUUCCUACAGGUACCUAUGACCUCCCUGGGCCUGAAGGUCCUUGCCCCUUUGAGGCUAGCCAGCCUGCAGACAUUGCUGUUCCCACCACCCCCAGCAAAGGCUAUGGAGCACCGGAGUCGGAACUCACCUACCCCCCCAACAUGGUGGCCGCCCCUCUGGCUGAAGAGGAGCAUGUGUCCUCGGCCACCUCAAUCACUGAGUGUGACAAGCUUUCUUCCUUUGCCACAUCCGUGGCUGAGGACCAGUCCGUGGCUUCACUCACAGCUCCCCAGACAGAGGAGACAGGUAAGAGCUCCCUGCUGCUUGACACGGUCACAAGCAUCCCCUCCUCCCACACAGAAGCCACUCAGGGCCUGGACUACGUGCCAUCAGCUGGUACCAUCUCACCCACCUCCUCACUGGAAGAAGACAAAGGUUUCAAAUCACCACCCUGUGAGGAGUUCCCCGUGACUGGGGAGUCAGAGAAGAGAGGAGAGAUUGUACGGAGAGGCUUGUCUGGAGAGAGAGCCGUGGAAGAGGAAGAGGAAGAGGAGGAGACCGCAAACGUACAGAUGUCCGAGAAACUUGACGGUCAGUAUGAACCCCUGAUGUUUGCUGCCCCUGGCCACACCCUACAUCCCGGGGAACCAGCCGUUGGAGAAGCGGAGGAGCGCUGCCUCAGCCCAGAUGACAGCACAGUGAAGAUGGCCUCUCCCCCACCAUCUGGCCCACCCAGUGCCACCCACACGCCCUUUCAUCAGUCCCCAGUGGAAGAAAAGUCUGAGCCCCAAGACUUUCAGGAAGCAGACUCCUGGGGAGAUACUAAGCGUACACCAGGUGUGGGCAAGGAAGAUGCUGCAGAAGGGACAGUCAAGCCGGGGCCUGAAGAGGGCACACCAGAGGAGGAGGGAAAGUUGCCUCCUCCCAGGAGCCCCCAGGCCCAGGAAGCACCCAUCAGCAUUGUUGGAGGACAUGCAGGCUGUACCGUCCAACUGCUGCCAGAAGAGGACAAAGCAAUAGUCUUUGAGACUGUGGAGGCGGGAGAGCCCACAGGGCCAAUUCUGGAAACAGAAGCCCUCCCCAGAGAUUUGAGAACAUCACACCAAGAACUUGGUGAACCUCAGAAAGAUGAAGUGCUCCGGUUUCCUGACCGAGGCCUCUCCCCGGAAGAGGUGGAGUCCCCCUCUGUCCUCAGCGUGGUCUCCCCAGACACUGCCAACCAAGAAGACAUCCCUAGGUCUCCCUGUGGCCUGACAGAGCAGCACCUACACAAAGAUCUUUGGCCACAGGUAUCUCCAGAAGACACCCGGUCGCUUUCUCUCUCAGAAGAGAGUCCCAGCAAGGAGACCUCUCUGGAUAUCUCUUCUAAGCAGCUGUCUCCAGAAAGCCUUGGCACCCUCCAGUUUGGGGAACUAACCCUUGGAAAGGAAGAAAAAGGGCCUCUGAUGCAGACUAAGGACACCUCUCACCGCCUAGCCCCUGUGUCUAUUCCAGAAGCCCAUGCAGCCACAGUGUCACCUCCCACAGAUGGGACCAGUGGAUACGCUGCACAAGCAGACGUCACAGAUGACAGCCCUGAUGGAAAAUUACCUGCCAGUUCCUUCUCUCACUAUACACUGUUGGGAGAUGGGAAGAAGUCACCUGGAAUGAUCACAAGCCCUGGUGAACACAUUCUGACACCUGAUAGCUCCCUCACCAAGAGUCCUGAGUCCUUGCCAAGCCCUGCCAUGGAGGAUAUUGCCAUGGAGUGGGAAGGUAAAGUUUCAGAGUUGAAAGAUGGACCCCCAGAGCAGGAGAAGGGACCUGAGCCAAAGGAUGAAGUCCUACAGCAGAAGGACAAAAGUCUGGAGCAGAAGGAUACUGUCACAGAGCAGAAGGGUACAGCCAUCUAUCGCAAAGAUGAGGUUCUGGAAGAAAAGGACAAGGCUGUGGAACAGCAGGAUAAGGCUUUGGAACAAAAAGGCAGAGACUUAGAUCAUAGGGACACAGCCCUGGAACAAAAGGACAAGGCCCUGGAAGGAAAAGACAAAGACUUAGAACCUAAAGACAGAGACUUAGAACCAAAAGACAAGACCUUGGAACAGGAGGACAAGGUCCCAGGAGAGAAAGAUGAAAUCUUAGAACAAAAAGUCAGAGAGUCUGAACAUAAAGACAAGGUUCCAGAGGACAAGGUCCCUGAACUGAAGGGCAAGGCCUUAGAACAGAAAAAUGAAGCCCCUGAGCAGGACAAGGCCCCAGAACCGAAGGACAAGGCCUUGGAAAAGAAGGACCAGGCUUUAGAACAAAAAUACUUGGUCCUAGAACAGAAGGGUGAAGCUCUGGAACAAAACAUUUGUCCAAAGGCUGUUGAACAAAAAGACAAGAUUCUGGAAGAGAAGGACAAAACUCAGGAGCAGGAGAGUCCUGUGCAGGAGGAUAAAACCAUGACGCCAAAGGAGAAGAUCCUAGAGGAAAAAUCUCCAGAAAAAGUCAAGGCUAUGGGACAGAAGGAAGAAGCUCUGCUGGAGAAGACCAAAGCUCUGGGGCUGGAAGAGAGCCCAGUGCAGGAGGACAAGGCCCGGGAGCAGGACGAGAAGUACUGGAAGGAGCAGGAUGUGGUCCAGAAGUGGCAAGAAACAUCUCCAGCCAGAGGAGAGCCAGCUGGAGAACAGAAGGAGCCUGCCCGGACAUGGGAGGACACAUCUCCUGAGCAGGAGGACAGGUACUGGAGGGGCAGAGAGGAUGUGGUCCUGGAACAGGACACAUACUGGAGGGAGCUGAGCUGUGAGCAGAAGGUCUGGUUCCCUCAUGAGCUGGGUGGCCAUGGGGCCCGGCCACGGUUCACAGAAGAGCGGGAGAGCACUUUCCUCGAUGAGGGGCCGGAUGAUGAGCAGGAAGUGCCCCCCUUGGAGCCUACACCCAAGAGUCCUUGGGCCUCAGACUUUAAGGGCUUCCAGGAGCCCUCACCACAGAAGGAGCUGGAGGUGGAGCGCUGGCUUGCUGAGUCACCAGUUGGGCUGCCACCAGAGGAAGAGGACAAGCUGACUCGCUCCCCUUUUGAGAUCAUCUCUCCUCCGGCCUCCUCACCUGAGAUGGUUGGACAGAGGGUUCCGCUGGCCACAGGACAAGAGAGCCCUAUCCCAGAUCCUAAGCCCAUGCCACCCAUGAGGAAUGAGCCCACCACCCCCUCAUGGCUGGCUGACAUCCCACCAUGGGUACCCAAGGACAGACCCCUGCCCCCUGCACCCCUGUCCCCAGCUCCAGCUCCCCCAACACCUGCCCCACAGCCACUCACUCCUGCGCCCUUCUCUUGGGACACAGCCGACUAUGACAGUGUGGUGGCUGCAGUGCAGGAGGGGGCAGCUGAGUUGGAAGGCGGGCCGUACUCCCCCCUAGGGAAGGACUACCGCAAGGCUGAAGGGGAAAGGGAAGAAGAAGGUGGGGCUGGGGUUCCUGACAGCAGCCCCCUCAGGUCAAAGGUCCUAGAGGCCAGCGAGAGCCAUGCCUCUAAGGAGCCCGAGCAGACCGAGCCAGAGCAGAGAGAGCCCACACCCUAUCCUGAUGAGCGAAGCUUCCAGUACGCAGACAUCUAUGAGCAGAUGAUGCUCACUGGGCUGGGCCCUGCAUGCCCCACUAGAGAGCCUCCACUUGGAGCAGCUGGGGAUUGGACCCCACACAUCUCAACUAAGGAGGAGGCUGCUGGCCGAUUCACAUCUGCAGAGAAGGAGCUUUCGUCUCCUGUCUCACCCCAUCACCUCCAAUUCGACAUGCCAACCUUCAGCUAUGCAGCUCUGGUGGGACCCACCGUACCCCCCAAGCAGGAGCCUGAGCCAGGGCCAAGCGUGGAUCCUAGCCUCACCCCACCUGCAAUACCCCCCCGUGCUCCUAUCCCCCAGAGCAAAGGCCCAAGCCCCCCACUUAAUGGUAACAUCCUGAGCCAUAGCCCAGAUAGGAGAACCCCAUCCCCCAAGGAACCAGGCCGUGGUCACUGGGAUGACAGCACGAGUGACUUGGAGCUGGAGAAGGGGGCUCGGGAGCAGCCUGAGAAAGAGGCCCAGUCCCCAAGUCCCCCGCAACCCAUGCCUGCAGGCCCCUCCACCCUGUGGCCUGAAAGUGAGGCACAUACCAGCCCUUCCUUGGACUCGCACCUGGGUCCUGCCCGACCAAGCCUGGACUUCCCUGCAUCAGCCUUUGGCUUCUCCUCAUUGCAGCCAGCUCCUCCACAGCUGCCCUCUCCAGCGGAACCCCGCUCGGCACCCUGUGGGUCCCUUGCCUUCUCUGGUGACCGAGCUUUGGCUCUGGCUCCAGGGCCCCCCACCAGAGCCCGGCAUGAUGAGUACCUAGAAGUAACCAAGGCCCCCAGCCUGGACUCUUCACUGCCCCAGCUCCCAUCACCCAGCUCUCCUGGGGCCCCUCUCUCCAGUCUUCCGCGACCUGCCUCACCAGCCCUAUCUGAAGGCUCCUCUUCUGAGGCCACCACACCUGUGAUUUCGAGUGUGGCUGAGCACUUCCCUCCCGGCCUGGAGGCUGCAGAACAAGGGUCUGUAGAGCUGGUCCCAGGAAUGGAACCAGCUGCCCAUGGCCUCUGGGACCUCACUUCUCUGAGCCCAGCACCUCCAGCUUCACUGGACCUGGCCCCAGCUCUAGCUCCAAGCCUGCCUGGAGACAUGGAUGAGGGUACCCUGCCCUGCCGCCUGGAGUGCUCAGGGGCAGCCACCAAGAAGCCAAGCCCCUUACAGGGCCCCUCCAGGGAUAGUGCCACCAAUGGCCCAACUGAAACCAGCCCCAAGCCCCCAGGCCCUGCCCCAGCUGAGGCUGAGAAAGGAAAGGCUGAGGCCUGUCCCACCUGGGAACGUGGGGCCUGGCCUGAGGGAGCCGAGAGGAGCUCCAGGCCUGACACGCUGCUCUCCCCUGAGCAGCCACUGUGCCCUGGAGGGGCCUCUGGAGACCAACCUAGAAGUGUCUCCCCUGAGAUGGAGGCUGGGCCCCAGGGAUGUGCUGCUGAGCCCCGGCCGCAUCGUGGGGAGCUCUCCCCAUCCUUCCUGAACCCACCUCUCCCUCAAUCCACGGAUGACAGUGACCUCUUAACUGAGGAAGCUCGGCUGGUAGGGAGAGGGGGGCGGCGUCGGGUGGGGGCUGCAGGGGCCACAGGCGGCCCCUGCCCCGUGGCAGAUGAGACACCCCCAACGUCAGUCAGCGACUCGGGCUCCUCGCAGUCAGAUUCUGACGUUCCACCAGAAACUGAGGAGUGUCCAUCCAUCACAGCUGAGGCAGCCCUCGACUCAGAUGAAGAUGGGGACUUCCUGCCUGUGGACAAAGCUGGUGGGUUUAGUGGGACUCACCAUCCCAGGCCUGGCCAUGACCCACCCCCUAUCCCCCAGCCAGACCCUCGCCCAUCCCCUCCCCGCCCUGACGUGUGCAUGGCUGACCCCGAGGGGCUCAGCUCAGAGUCUGGAAGGGUAGAGAGGCUACGGGAGAAGGAGAAGACACAGGGGAGAGUCGGCCGCAGGGCCACAGGCAGGGCCAAGCCAGCGUCUCCUGCCCAGCGUCUGGAUCUUCGGGGAAAACGCUCACCCACCCCUGGUAAAGGGACUGCAGAUCGAGCAUCCCGGGUGCCACCCCGACCACGUAGCACUCCAAGCCAGGUCACCCCAGCAGAGGAAAAGGAUGGACACAGCCCCAUGUCCAAAGGCCUAAUCAAUGGACUCAAGGCAGGAUCAACGGCCUUGGGUUCCAAGGGCAGCUCUGGCCCCCCUGUAUAUGUGGAUCUUGCCUAUAUCCCGAAUCAUUGCAGUGGCAAGACUGCUGACCUUGACUUCUUCCGACGAGUGCGUGCAUCCUACUAUGUGGUCAGUGGGAAUGACCCUGCCAAUGGUGAGCCGAGCCGGGCUGUGCUGGACGCCCUGCUGGAGGGCAAGGCCCAGUGGGGGGAGAAUCUUCAGGUAACUCUGAUCCCUACUCACGACACGGAGGUGACUCGUGAGUGGUACCAGCAGACUCAUGAGCAGCAGCAACAACUGAACGUUCUGGUCCUGGCGAGCAGCAGCACCGUGGUCAUGCAGGAUGAGUCCUUCCCAGCCUGCAAGAUUGAGUUCUGA